GCGUCGAGGAAGACGCAGCCGUUUGCUGUAGCGUUGGUGACUUUUGUGAUCGACAUUUUAUCGAGUGCUUUGAGGAUAUAAACUUUUCGUGACACACCGGCGUCGAUUUGAACUAAAGGAAUACCAAUUUGGGUGAUAACGUAGCGUCAAACAAAAGGAACACAUUAUGAGUUCUUCGUUGAGGUUACAGUUGCUGACAUGCCUGAUCGUAUACGUGUCGAACGUACACGCUAUCAAGGUUAAGUUUGGCACGAGAGAUGGGCCCAUCAGACCGCUGAUACCGGACCCGCUGCCACCGCCGCAGCCGCACCGUGUGCCAGCGCCUGUGUGGGAGGAGAGAACAGACGACUCACCAGACCCUAACGCCCACUGGAGACCUCCACUCUUCGUACCUCAACCGAAAUACACCCAAGUAAUCUUCAAUAUACCCACAACCACCCAACAACCGCUCAACAGCGCUCAACGAUUUGUCAACUCCUACAAACCUACCUAUCAACCAAUCAACCGGGAACCAGUUCAACAGUACUUCAAUCCUUCCCAAAUCCUCGGCUCUCAAAGAAUACCAGGCAUUGGUAUACACUACUUUGUACCUGCGUACAUCAACGAAUUGCAGGCAAGGAAAGGAGAGAAAAGGCAAGAAGAUUCAAAACAUAAUGACAUUGAAACUAAUGAUGUCAGUGGACCCAAUAAGGAUUCGAGCAUUGACCUUCUUUGGCAGUAUGAGAAAGAAUCUACGAAGAGAGCUCUUAGAAACACUUUAGAAGGUUCAGCCAGACAAAUAUAUUCGUGGCCGGAGUACGUGCAACCUAGGCAUUAGUAUUAGUAAUUUUAGAAUUUAACAUAGAAACACCAUGGUCUAUAUUAACUAGUAGGUAUAUUAUAAAAUUAAGAAUAAAUAAAAGACUCAAAAUAUUCUGGUUUUAUCAAACUGUAACGAAUUUCCAUCUUAUCAUAUAAGUUUGUAUUUUUAUAAAUUAUUUUAUUUACGAAUAUCAGUUACUUUUUACCCCCUUUUUAUGCAUAAACAACAUGUAAGUUGUAAUUUUCUUGUAAAAGUUGCUCAAUUUUUAAUGCAGUUUACAUUCUUGAAGUACGUAUAAUAACUUAUACCAAAAAUGGAUAUCAAGGGCUUCUGCAUAUAAUGCACAACAAUAACAUACAAUCCUUUUGUUGCUUGAAAUACACACUAUUUCUUAACAUUGUCGCUUACGUAUGUAUCCGCAGGACGACGAAAACCUGUCGGUGUUGUUAUAAUUCAAAAAUGAAUGCAUAAAUUAUUUGUUAGUGAUCGCUGUUUCUUCAUUCAUUAGGAUCUUGACUUGAAAGUAACAAAAAAUACAAUAAAACAAGAGUUAUGUAUUAAAAAAGGUGAUGUGUUUUAUCUAUU